GUGCGCCGCGCUCGGCUGACGUCAGAGACCAAUGGCUGCCGCCGCAGCUGCCGCGCCGGAAUCCUGGCAGGCGGCUGGUCAGCCGAAGAGGCGCUCGGCGGCGCGACGGCCACGGCGGAGGCAGGCGGCGCUCCGGAACCCCGAGGCGGAAUUCGAGGCUGACAGCGGAGUCGUGCUUCGUCGCAUCUCGGACGCUGAGAAGGACCUGCUUAUCUCUGAUUUCUGGAGUUCAGCACUAGAAACCAUCAAUAAAUGUCUCACAAAACAUCUGGAACAGCUCAAGGCCCCUGUGGGGACUCUUUCGGACACCUUUGGAAACCUGCAUCUUGACUCAUCGCCAGAUGAGUCAGAUGUGGCCCCUGACUCUAUCCCAGGAGGGACCCUGGGCACAGGAACCUGCCUUUGGAAGUGUGUGUGUUACGGCAUUGGGAACUUUGCCACCUGCAUCAUUGCUAGAAACCAGCUAACGUUUUUGCUGCUUUUGUUGGAGAAGUGCCAGAUUCCCAGAAGUCACUGUUGGGUGUAUGACCCUCUGUUCAGCCAACUUGAAAUUGACGUACUUAACACCCUUGGUGUGACUGUUCUCAGUGAGAACGAGGAAGGGAAACGGAGUAUUCGCGGGGAGGCUACCAUCUUUUACAUGCUCCAUUGUGGGACGGCCUUGUACAACAAUCUUCUAUGGAGUAACUGGUCAGUAGAUGCCCUUUCUAAGAUGGUCAUCCUUGGGAACAGUUUCAAAGGACUGGAGGAGAGGUUAUUGGCAAGGAUUCUGCAGAAAAAUUAUCCCUACAUCGCAAAGAUUUUAAAAGGACUGGAGGAGCUUGAGUUUCCUCAGACUUCACAGUACAUGGACAUGUUUAAUGAUACCUCCAUCCACUGGUUCCCCGUACAAAAGCUAGAACAGCUCUCCACAGAUACUUGGGAGUUUCGGGAGGAACCAGAUUAUCAGGACUGUGAGGACCUUGAAAUCAUCAGGAACAAGACAGAAGAUCCUUCAGCUACUGACUGAACUCACUGUCAUUUACUCAUUGUUGGCUGAGGUAGAGACUAAAGGGAAGGCUGCCGUGGACAAACUACAGGGAACUCCUUUGCCAGGAAUUCACAUCAACUCGGCUGUCCUGUUCUGAGGACGAUACCCCACAUAAUUGGUAUAAAGGUGCACACACUGCUAAGUGAUCGUCCCGUUUUGCAUCCUUCCCUUGUGACCUGGCCUGAUGUGGAGUAUCUCUGGAAUAGAGAAGUUACCCUGUUGAAGGUGA